AUGGAAGAGGACGUGGAAAUGUCGCAGACGCCGCCGCCGCAGGACGACCGGGCGCUGGCGCUCCAGCACCUCCUGGAGGCCAUGAAGCUGCCCGCGGUCCUUGCGUACGCGGACAAGCGCGUAUUUCACGCUACGCAGGCGCUGCGCAAGGCUGGCGACGACCGCGAAAUCAAGGCCCAGUCCAACCUGAUCCUCGGAGAAUGCCACGAGAUGCAGGACAAGUGGCACCUCGCCUACUACGAGUACCUGGCGGCCAGGGACUGCCUGCGCGCCGCGGACGGCGGGCCGGGCAGGUGGACGCAGGCGAUGGGCCACGCGCUGCAGUUCUGCCAUUGCAAGGUGUUUCCUCGCUAG